AUGGCAACACCCGCUACUCCUGCGGAAGUCUUGGUGGGAGAGGCUGUUCCUGGGGCAACUGUGGCCGAACCAGGAGUACCAACCGUACCAGAGGGUGUGCCUUCUGAUCCAGGUGCAGAGACCGGGGAAAGAAACACUCCUGAAGAAACAGAGGGAGAAGUUGAACCUGCUGCAAAGCGUCAGAAGUUCACCUUGGAAGAACAGUGUGAGCGUUUGGUGACCAAACUGGAGCAGAGUUUUGAGGUAAACAAAGAUGCUCUUGUGGCCGUGAAAGAUUACUUACUGCUUCACCAGAAGUUGGCACAGGAUGUCAGCUCAUUGGCGAGUGAGUAUGGUUAUGAUCGCACCAGCAACAAGUAUAUGCUGGCAGAGCUGCAAAGCAUCAUGACCAAAUUCUCCAACAUGGAGUGGCAGCUGUCAGGAGCUAAGAGUGAGCAGUCCUCGUCAGUGAAAGGAUUGCUGAUCAAGAUCCUUGCAAAAGUUGGGAGUAGCAAUGAUGCUGCGAAAAAGUAUCAUGAAGAGUUGAUCAAAGCACUUCAAGAGAUGGCACGAGCCAUUACCAGUAUGCCCAGCACCGGAGGAAUGCCUCCUGGAAGUGUUUCUGAAACACCGCUGACGCCACCUAUGCCCAAGGCAACCUUGGGAUCACCUCCAGAGUAUCGGCCUUCGUCAGCAGCUGGACCUCCUAUGCCGGUUUAUGGCCAGCCAGGAUAUAGCAGCACAAGCUUUCCACCGACCAUGCCUGGUGCUACCAUGCCUGGUGCAACCAUGCCUGGUGCUCCAAUGGCCGGUGCACCAACAGUUGAUCAGCCGCCAAGAGCGUUGCAUCCCACAUCAGGGAUACUUUCAUAG